UUACGGAAGUGUUCCCUGAGUGAACUCAGUACUCAUCUCUGUAGUAUCUUAUAUUGAUGUUAAUAUAGGUGAACUGUGAGUGAGCUCCGUGUUAUCUUCAUCACCUGCUCUUAAGAUAGAUAGCACUCAGGUCGGCUGGUAGUCUGUGACCGUUAGUGAACGUUAGUGACCGUUAGUGAACGUUAGUUGACGGCCAGCAGGAACAGUUGCUACGUGGCUAACGUUAGCUAGCUAACCCGCUAACAGGUUUUCAGUUCCCUUCCUGCGGACAUGGUUGUCUGGUCGUUAGCUCGGCUGUGUUUGGAAGUCCUAUGAAGUCUCCGAGGACAGGGUAUCAGAAAACGGUCAACACUGAAAGCUAACCCAGCGUUAGCACUAUGGGUGCCGAGCAGAGCGGAGACGCGGAGCACAAACACUCCGACUACAGCUCGUCGGUGGUGCCUUCUCCGGCCAAGCAGAAGGCGAAGAUGGAUGAUAUUGUGGUCGUGGCCCAGGGGACACAGUCAAUGCGAAAUAUCCACAACGACCCAGAUGUCAUAAAGCUUCAAGAAAUACCUACAUUUCAGCCACUUCUGAAAGGAGUGCUGAGUGGCCAGACGUCACCCAGCAGUGUGUGUCUGGAAAGGCUGGAUACUACCCAGGUUCUGCAGCUCUGCAUCCGCUACCAGGACCACCUCCACCAGUGUGCUGAGGCCGUGGCCUUCGACCAGAACGCCCUGGUCAAGAGGAUCAAGGAGAUGGACUUAUCAGUGGAAACCUUGUUCAGCAUUAUGCAGGAGCGCCAGAAACGCUACGCCAAGUACGCUGAGCAGAUCCAGAAAGUCAACGAGAUGUCCAUGAUCCUGAGACGCAUCCAGAUGGGCAUCGACCAGACGGUGCCGCUGAUGGAGCGCCUCAACAACAUGCUGCCUGAGAGCGAGCGCCUGGAGCCCUUCAGCAUGAGGCCUGAUGGGAAUUCUGCCACCAAGUAGCCUCGUUAAAGCCAACACAGCUGCUUCUUACGCAAGUCUCCAUCCAAGACCUCUGUCCAGGAGAGAGUGCAGGUCUGUUCAGCUGUAGGGAUGCUAAGUCUGUACAUGGGUACAAAGAAUCUUACCCCAUUAAGGUUUUUGUGUUUUCAUAGUAGAGGUAGAGCUAAGGUUUGAACGUCUCAGCUGCUCUAGUCAGGUCUGCAGGUCGUCAUCAGUUCUUUUUAUUCUUAAUGUAGGAAGUUUUGCUGAACACUCACGCUCUUAAUCCUCCACAGUGUACGUAGCCCAUCCACUGAGCACACACAUAUUUAUAAUUAACCACAACCUUGUUUUGCGGGAGCAGAAGUUCUGGGAUCAAAUGUACCCCGACUGCAGAGGGCCUAGAGAUUAUUCCUUAUCCCUUAUGUUGCAGGGAAUCAAACUGACAAUCUGUUAGGGCUUCAGUGCUAAUCUAAAGGCAGGGGAGGAAUUAACCUUAUCGAUUGAGUCAGAAUUAACUCCAUCCAUACCCUUAAAAAAAACGUAGUAGAUGUGUUUUAGAGACUCAAAUGGCUGUGAGCAACAUAGAAGUAUCUCACAUUUCUUCCUGCUGCUCUGGAGGUUUGCGUACAUCUUCCAAAACAUCAGAGCCGCUGAAGAACUGGCAGUGGACUGAUUUUGGAUCUUAAUCUUUAUUACAAAUGUGUUUGUGAUUCUCCCACACCAUAUGCCUCGCUCACUGUUUGGCCAUCCCUUCCAUGAGCUGCUUGUGUGCAGAUUGACAGCUUUUCAUUUUUUAAACAAUAUUGGCGUACCGUUUUGGGAUAUAACGAUGAAGCGACUCGUGGAGAGGACCAAGACGGAUUAUUGUCAUUGGAUUACGUAAGAAGCACGGAUGUACUGUACAGUGGAAAUGAAAAAAGAAACUUCUCCGUAAACAGAAGAUAUUCUCAUGACGUUGUGAACUUUUUUGAUGAGGGAACUUUAAUUUAUUUGGAUACAUUCGCUCUAGCAGUUGCGUCAAGCCUCUUUGCAUGCAAAGGGAGACCCUGACGCUUCAGCAGAUUGGUACAGAAGAUGGUUGCAGAGGUGGACAGAAAACAUUCAAGCAAGUUUCCCACUUGUCAAGAGAUCUCUGACCAACCACACUUUCAGCAUUAAGUUGUCACAGUGAUAGCCAAACAUCACACCUACCAAAGAUUCGCCUCCUCAAACUGCCGAAUAAAAAGUGGCACUUUAGAAACAGUUGGUCAUAUCUUUGGGUCUCUCAGAGGAAAGUGAUCGAGGGAACUUGCUGUUCUGUUCUGUGUUUUUCUCUUUUAGGCUUAAAGGGUCAGUUUACCCAAAGGCUUCAAAAACCUUACCUCUAUAGCUAUCUGUCUGUGCACAUAGGUUUUAUUUGUCCAGGUCCUGACAAAUCUGUCACUUCCACAGUUCAGUUAUAUUCUUGGUGUUCACAGUUGAGUCAACAAAACACCCUGUCAGUGAUUGAAAUGUAGAAUAUGUAUUAUGAAAAAAGUAACCAGGACAUUGCUUCUGAAAUUGUUAAUAUAACUUUUCAAUGUUGUAAGCGCCACAAAAACAGUUACAUUCAUCUUUAUUAUAUUUGGUGGCGACAGAAAUCUCAGAGGCAGAUGUCUCAGAACUUGGGCAAAUAAAAU